AUGUCUUUUUUUCCGAAAGAACAGCGACAUUGGAGCCCUCCAAAGCCUAAAAAAUCGUUAAAAAAGUUAGUAGUUUGGAAUUCUUUAACGAGGGAAAAGAAUGAGUUUGUGCCGUUAAAUGGGCGUAAAAUUACAUGGUAUUGUUGUGGACCUACUGUUUAUGAUUGGAGUCAUAUGGGUCAUGCCAGAAACUAUGUAACAACGGAUAUUAUUCGAAGGAUUCUUCAAGAUUAUUUUAAAUAUGAUGUUAUUUUUGUUCAAAAUGUGACAGACAUAGAUGACAAAAUCAUUAUAAGAGCUAGACACAACUAUUUUUAUAAUAAGUAUGCAAAGACGGUUACAGAAAUAACACCGGAGGUUUACAAUAAGGUGCUAAUAGCAUGGAAAAAUUUUGCUAUAACCAACUUUCCCAGUGCACCGACUUCACUUGAAAUAUUUGAGGAAUGGUCAAACUCAAUAAAAGACUUAGAAACUUUUAAAUCAGAUGGAAAACUUCAAAUGAAUUUUACGAUAUUAACCAAUUCCUACGAAGCAUUGAUUUCUUAUAAAACGCUUUCUCCUGCUAUUUUUUUGGAGAAAGUAAAAGACAUAUUAGUUUUAGAGCUUGACAAAGAGUUGAAACACACAAUUAACGACAAUACAAUAUUUCGUGAAAUACCUGCUUACUGGGAACGCAAAUAUAAUGAAGACAUGAAAGCUUUGGAUGUAUUAGAACCAUCAGUUAUUGUCCGAGUUACAGAAUUUAUUCCUAAAAUUAUUGAAUUUAUUAAAGGAAUUAUGAAAAAUGGUUAUGCCUAUGAAUUUAAAGGAAGUAUUUUAUUUGAUACAUCUGCUUUUGAAGCAAAUAGUUGUCACACAUAUGCAAAAAUUGAACCAUGGAAUAAAAAUAAUAAAAAGUUAAUAAUCGAAGGAGAGGGAAGCCUUACACAAUCAGAGGGAAAGAAAGUGCCCAGUGACUUUGCACUAUGGAAAGCAAGUAAGCCUGGAGAACCAGCAUGGGAUAGUCCAUGGGGAAGGGGACGUCCCGGAUGGCAUAUAGAAUGUUCUGCAAUGGCUGCUGAAAUUCUUGGAUCUGAAAUAGAUAUACAUUCAGGAGGUAUCGACUUAGCUUUUCCUCAUCAUGACAACGAAAUUGCACAAUCAGAAGGAUUUUUUGAUUCUGAUCAAUGGGUUAAUUAUUUUUUUCAUAUAGGACAUUUACAUAUUGAAGGGCAAAAAAUGUCAAAAAGUUUGAAAAAUUUUAUUACUAUUCAAGAUGCUUUAAAAAAAUAUACAUCAAAACAAAUGAGACUAUAUUUUUUAAUGCAUCAAUGGAAUUUGCAAAUGGAUUUCAAGGAAAGCUUUAUGUCAGAUAUUAAAAGGAUUGAAACAUUACUUUCUAAUUUUUUUGCAAACAUAAAUGCAUUAGUAAUGGAAAAAAAAAUGUUUUUAAAGCAAAAUGAAAUUAUAACAUAUUUCUUUUCAGAUUUAGAAAAAGAACUUUAUGAGAAUUUAUAUAACGCUCAGGAUGCAUUGCAUAGCGCUCUUUGUGAUAAUUUUAAUACACCAGUUGCUUUGGAUGUUGUUUUAAAUUUAAUAACUAAAACAAAUAAAUAUAUUUCUCAAGCUCAAAUGGAUAUCAAUAUCCUUAUGAUUACUAAUAUUUCAAAAUGGGUUUCAAAUAUUCUUGGAAUUUUUGGUUUAAAAGAUAAUAAUUUUAAUGUUAUUGAUUACGAUAAAUUUAAUGACUCUACUAUAAAUGAUCAUAAAGAAAUAGUUAUGCCUUAUAUUAAAACUCUUUCUUCUUUCAGGGAUAAAAUACGGAAUAUUUCAAUCGUUUCCAGAUCCAAAAGUAAUAUAGAAUUAUCCAAAGAUAUACUUCAACUCUGUGAUAAGUUGCGUGACUCAGACUUAACAGACUUAGGGAUACAGUUAGAGGACAGAGAUCAAGGAGAUGCUUUAAUAAAAUUUGUUAGUAAAGAAGAACUUCAGCAAGAAAAAAAACUAAAGCAAGAAUUAUUAAAUAAAAAAGCAUCCCUAGAACAAGAAAAACUGUUAGAGAAAAUCCUUAAAGGCAAAUUAUCACCAAAAGAACUUUUCCAAAACAACGAGUAUUCAAAAUGGGAUAAUCAAGGUUUACCUACACAUGAUGCUCAAGGAAAUGAAUUAACUAAAAGCAAACGAAAAAGAAUAGCUAAAGAUUGGGAAAAACAACACAUUUUACAUGAAAAAUACUUGGAGUGGUGCAAAAAAAAUACACAAAAUUAA